CGCUGCACUUGAACGCACCACAACGACCAGACUGCUGACUGACACUCAGAAGGAAAUGACUUGUUAGUGUGAGAUUACCUGAAACAAACCGUCUCGUGCUCUGUCAGUCUGACUUUAACGCGGCUUCACGUCAGUUUGCUGAGUUCUGACUGGUUACAGUGACGAAAUCUGGUGCAUUUCUCUGGGCUUUCCAUGGAGGGCAGACAGGCGGCAUGACAGAGGAGAAAUGUCCCCAGCUGGUGGACUACUUUGUAGUGGCGGGUCUCGACCCUGCCGGGCCCUGGAGGCCCCUGGACGAGGAUGGCAAGACCUCCGCCAACUCCUCCUCCUCCUCGUCUUCGUCGGGCCGAGCCGUGGAGUCGGUGACGGAUCUGGCCGUGAUCGCGCGGGGGCUCGGGGAGGACGUGCCGGAGGGCUUCACCUGCAUCGAAAGGACGCUGGGCGGACACUCGGCCGAGCUGAGCGCCGGCCUCAUCAACAACCCGCACCUGUACCUGUGCUACCGGCGAGGGCGAGACAAGCCGCCCAUCCUGGACCUGGGGGUUCUGUAUGAGGGGAAGGAGCAGCUGAAGCAGGGCUGGUACGUCAUCGAGACGACGCCCUACAGCCGCUCGGCCAGCCUGAGCUCCGGCGGCGCCCCGACGGCCCACCGGGUGUUCCUGACGUACCGGCGGGCUCUGGACUCGCAGGGCCUCCACACGCUGGGCGUCACCGACAUCGCCCUGCUGCUGCCCAGCAAAGGAGAGGUCGCCCCACACACCUUCUGCCGCGUCGACAAGAACCUCAACACCGGCAUGUGGGGUCCGGCUCUGUAUGUGUGCUACAAGAGAGCUGUGGCCAAAGCCAACGCCCUGGUCUACAAGGCCAGUCUGAUCAGCCGGUACCCGGAGGAGGACCAGGAGGCGUUUCCUCUGCCGGAGUCGGUGCCGGUCUUCUGUCUGCCGAUGGGGGUCACCGUGGAGAGCUGGCCUCUGAACACCAAGUACCAGCUGCCCGUCUUCUCCACCUUUGUCCUCACCUCCGCCUCUGGGGACAAGGUUUACGGAGCGGCCAUCCAGUUCUACGAGUCCUUCCCCAGGGAGCUGCUGUCGGAGCGGCAGAGCGUGAGACUCGGGCUGCUCAGCGUGGUCGACCGGCGGCCCAUCACCAACCGCAGCCUGCAGGUGAAGAAGAGCAUCUGCGUCCUCUCCCACUGGCCCUUCUUCACCGUCUUCCAGAAGUUCCUCACCUUCGUCUACAGAUACUCCAUCUCCGGACCCCACGUCCUGCCGCUGGAGAAACACAUCUCCAGCUUCAUGCACAAUGUCCCGUUUCCCUCCCCCCAGCGGCCUCGCAUCCUCGUUCAGCUCUCUCCGUAUGAUAACCUGCUGCUCUGCCAGCCGGUCUCCUCUCCGCUCCCACUCAGCGGUGCAAGCUUCCUGAAGCUGCUGCAGAACCUCGGUCCAGAGAACGCCUGCACGCUGCUGCUCGCCGUCCUCACUGAACAGAAACUGCUGCUGCACUCGCUCCGCCCCGACGUGCUCACCUCCGUCGCCGAGGCCCUGGUCUCCAUGAGUUUCCCCCUGCGCUGGCUCUGUCCAUACAUCCCUCUGUGUCCGCUGCAGAUGGCCGAAGUGCUGCUGGCGCCGAUGCCUUUCAUCGUGGGCGUCCACUCCAGCUACUUCGACCUGUACGACCCCCCCACCGACGUGGUGUGCGUCGACCUGGACACCAACACCAUCUUUCAGUCAGAGGACAAGAAGCCGUUGUCAUGGCGAUCUUUACCCAGGAAGCACGGCAAGAUUCUGUUCAACACCCUCACCAACCUCCACAAGACCCUGGAGAAGAUUUGCACUCCCGGCCAGGAGGAGGCGACGUUGGAGUUUCUGUUGACUGACUACGAUCAGAUCUACAGGAGUCAGAAGCAGCUGGAGCUGGAGAUCCAGGAGGCGUUCCUUCGCUUCAUGAGCUGCCUGCUGCGAGGAUACCGGACCUUCCUGCUGCCCAUCACCCAGGCGCCGUCAGACACCACCACCGACUGCAGCUCCCUGUUCAACCUGCAGGGCUUCCUUAAGUCUCGGGAUCGAACGCAGCAGAAGAUCUACGGUCAGCUGACGAAGACUCAGAUGUUCACUCAGUUCAUCGAGGAAUGUUCCUUCGUCAGCGACCGACACGCCUGCCUCGAGUUCUUCGACGAGUGCGUCCAAAAGGUGGACGUGGAGAAGCCGGAGGAGGUGAGGCUGAUCGACCUGGAUGAGACUCACAGCGGGGAACACACGGUCUUCAUCAUGCCUCCUGAAGAACCGCAGGAACCAGACGGGUCCGAGUGCCCCGCCCUCUACAGUUAUGAAACUUUCCCCACUCUGAGGCCAGAGCUCUUUGACCGGCCCCAGGACCAGCUCCGGGUCCCGGCGAAGGGCAGCGCCCCCAGUAGCCCCGCCCCCCGACGGACCAAACAGGAGAUCAAGUUGGCCCAGAAGCGAGCGCAGAAGUACUCGGCGGUGCCGGACAUGUGGUCCAAGUGCCUGCUGGGUCACUGUUACGGCCUGUGGUUCAUCUACCUGCCCACCUUCGUCCGAGCGGAGAGCGCUAAGGUGCGCGCGCUGCACACGGCCUACGACGUCCUCAAACACAUGGAGAACCGCAAGGUGGUGCUGCCGGACGAGGUGUGUUACCGGAUCCUGAUGCAGCUGUGUGGUCAGUACGGUCAGCCAGUCCUCGCCGUCCGAGUCCUGCUGGAGAUGAAGAAGGCUGGAAUCACACCCAACACCAUCACCUACGGAUACUACAACAAGGCAGUGCUGGAGAGCAAGUGGCCGUCCACCAGUCAGGGCGGGCGUCUGCGCUGGGCCAAGCUGAGGAACGUCCUGUUGGCUGUGGCUCAGUUCAGACAGCCAAUCAAACGGCGCCAGAAGAGCGGCUCAGUGGGGUCGCGGGGAGAAGCAAUGAUGGAGCCUGAUCAGAGGCCCCGCCCCCACUCCACUCUGAUUCGUCAGUCCAGUUGGAGCGGCCUGUCUGAAAGCUCCAGUCACGAGUCUCUGACGGGUUCACUGGUGAAGAGCAACAGUCUGAACAGCAUGAAGACACCGACUGACAAGACGAAGCUCUGCAAGAAAACCGUCCUCCGUAGCGCAGGGACCAACGGCUGCAGCGACGCCGUCUCCCGCAAACCUCCGAUGGGACGCAGAGACACUUCCACCCCGCCUCCAGCGCCCCCGGGCGGCGCUCUGGUUCGGCGGAGUCAGGUCUGCCUCUCCACCUUCUACAAGGAGUGUGCAGAGUCGGCCGACUCCGAGCCGGACUGCAGCUGCCAGCCAGCAGAGAGAGACGGCAGGCCUGCAGGAACACGUGACACCGGCAGCAGAAAUAAAGCUGUAGACGAGAACUACAACAACGUCUCCUCCCCGAGCCGAGGAGGUCUGGCAGGGAAGCUCCAGCAGCUCCUCACCCCAACCAGGCACCGGGUGUCUGUUCGACGAGCCGCCAGCGUGGACGACCGGCGAGGAGGAGGAGGAGGGAUAGGACGGAGGGUGUCUGAGCAGAGGCAGUCGAGAAAAGUGGCUGAAACGCUGCUGAAAGCUAAGGAGAGGCUGGUCAACGCUACCUCAGAGAGUUCGUUGUCUGUAGGGAGCGACCUCGACUUGACGGACACGCCCAGUCCAGCCUAUCCUCUGCGCAGGUCCUGGGACGCCAACCAGGACGGGACGGGACUGGAGGUGUUGAUGUCCAGCUGCUCUCUGUGUCGCAGCUGUAACUCGUUGGUUUAUGACGAGGAGAUCAUGGCCGGCUGGACGUCGGACGACUCCAACCUGAACUCGUCCUGCCCGUUCUGCUGCGCCUCCUUCGUCCCCUUCCUGAAUGCUGAGAUCUGUGACUUGGGACCCGUCGGCAGUGUCGAGCGCGGCAACUGGAACACGGAGGACGAGGUGGAGAGCGCGGUCAGGCCCCCCAGUGGCCAGGAAGCCCCCCCGCAACACCAGUGUAACGGUCUGAGUGAAGACUCCAGCUCUGAGACCAGCAGCUACUCAGAGAACAGCAGGACGACCACAGGUUCCUCAGUGGGCGGGGCUCCCCAGGUGACGGUGGCCUACCUGAGCCCUCUGGUUCUGAGGAAGGAGCUGGAGAGCCUGCUGGAGAACGAGGGCGAGGCGGUCCUGGCCCAGCCUCAGUUCCUGGACAACCACUCCAUCAUCUUCUGGAACCUGGUCUGGUUUUUCCACCGUCUCGGCCUGCCCAGUAACCUGCUGCAGCUGGUCAGAGCCUCGCCGCUGGUCAGCCAGUUCACGCAGUCGGAGAACUCAGCAGUGAGGGUGAGGCUCCUCUGGGACACCCUGACCCCAGACACAGACCAGUGGCCCCCCCUCUACAUCCUCUGGAGGAUCCACAGUGGCAUCCCGAUGAUGAGAAGCUACAGCUGGCGGAGACACAACCACCCGUUCACCCUGUCCUUCCUGGAGGAGGUGCUGCGGUGGGUCGGCAUGAACGAGGUGCACAAAGCCGUCACCCUCUUCCUGGACACGCUGGUCAAACAGCCGGGCUCGGCCUGGACUCAGAGGAGUUUGUACAGAGAGUUCCUCUUCCUCACGCUGGCAGCUAUGGGCAAAGAUCACGUCGCCGCGUUCGAUAAAAAGUACAAGGUGGCGUACACUCGGCUCAGCGGCACUCUGGGUCGAGAGGAGCUCCGUAAGAAGCGAGCUCAGCCUCCCAGCCCCAAAGCCAUCGACUGCAGACGCAGCUUCCACCCGCCGCUCGAAUGCUGAUCGUCCGGGAACAAAACGCCCCUGAUGACUCCCGCAGCAUCCGGCCUCUGAGGGGAAGAGGAGAAACGGCAAACCCAGGAUACCUGCUGCCUUCACCUGCUUGUGUUCCUCACCUCUCUGCUGCCUCCUGGUGGAUGUCGGAGCGACGCGCUCCUUCCUGUCCUCUGUCGCUCUGUUUGCCUCGUCGAUGUGAAUCCAGCAGCUCUUUGUCUCCAUUAAAGAUCCCGAAAGUUGAUGCGGCUGCAGCAGACGGAGCCGAGCUGGACCGAAGAACCCCCCCCUCAUCGAGGGUUAACACGCUGAGCCCAGAUCCGUGCAUCAGUCUUGGACGUGGAGUCCUGCAUCCCGGAGGAGAGAAAACUGGUCGAACUCGGGUUCAUGCAUGUCCAGAGCGAUCAGCUGUGUCGGUGUAAAUACUUUGGUUUCCCCAGUUUUUUAAAAUACACGACCAGAUGAUUCAGUUUAGACCUCAACGUCCCUGCAGAGCUCUUCAUCGCUGCUUUCUAGAAAUCUUCUGCAGGACUGAAAGUUUUACCACAGAGUUUUAGAAAUUCAGAUUUACCUUUUUUACCAGUGUGACCACGGAAAGAAAUUAACGAUUUUAUUCAAGAAAAGAUCAAAUGUGGAUUGAGAAGGUCGAGCAGAGCAUCCAGUAAACACUCCAAACACAACUGUCUGUCAGAUCGUCCCUCCGUCUGUCCGUCUGCUUCUCAACAUGAUCGAAAUGUCUCACUGUUGAAACAAGAAGCCGAGAACUCCCUGAAACUCCAGACCAGCGUCUUCUGGAGGCCACAGUUUGAGUGUGUUUCAAGGCCGUCCUCCAAACCAGGACCAGCAGAUCAUCCAGAACACCAACUCUCACCAAAGCCUCGAGCUGUGGGGGGUUUUCCUCUUUAGAGAGUUGUUGGACUGUUUGGUCCAGUUUCAAAAGACUGAACCAGCAUCCAUCAGAAACAAGAAGUCAGCUGUCUGAAAGCUCUCACGGUCUCUGCCUGGAUCUGGAUCCUCUUCAGUACCCGGUGGACUCACCUGCAGUGUUGUUUGAUGUCAGCGUUCUUUCAUUUCCCGCCUGGUAGAAGGUCCGUCUGGAUUCGAAGGCCGCCGCAGGAAGAUGUUGAUUUGGUUUGUUCAACAGACAGAAAGAAGGAAGAAGUGAAGACUUCCUGUCUGAUAACAGACUGAACGAAGGCUUUUAGCAGCUGGAGACGUUUUAACUCCUGAUUCAUGUAUUAACUCAUCAAAAUGUUCUUUGAACGUGUUCAGAUUUCAAAUUAAGACGUAAAAACAUCACGUUUUGGCUUUUCCUGCUGAUCAUCAGGACCUUCGUCUAAUACUGUAAAAUCUGUAUGAUAAGAAGUGUAGAUAGAGUAUUUAUGACAAACUAAUGUGAGUCUUCCAGUUAAAGGACAUUUUUCAUCAGCAGGUUUUUACUUUGUCGAGCAGUUACGACAUUUUCAGCUGCUAAAUGGGGACAAAGAUUACGGCCGUGUUCGUUUUUUAUUCGUUUUAUUGUUUUGUUUUUCCCGUUUGACGGCGGUUUAAAGGGAGUUUGAGAAAAUGUCUCAACUGUAGGGAGGAAGUGAAAAGAUGAGCAGAGGUUUUAUGAGGGAUUGCUGCACGUUAACGUGUGUGUGGACGCUUCAGAAACCGGGUGUCGUGUUCAGCUGCGUGUCUGGUUUGGGCUGAGAGGUUGGUUUGUUGUUUAGGAAGGGUGGAGCGGAGGAUGGAGGAAUCCAUCCAAGCUAGAAAAACAAAAAAAACCAUCCCAGUUAGCAUCUGUGGUGGAGUUUAGACGCGUCAUGAUCAAACUGGGUCUCAGAAGAAAAAGUGAAGAGUUAAUAUGCGAGUCGACAACGGCUUUGCUCGACACGUUUAAAGGAAAAACGUAGAGAAACUUGGUGAAACACACGUUUAUUAAACGUUCGGUGAGACGUCAGGUGAUGUGAAACAGAAACCUUCUAGAAUCUGAAUGUCAGGAGUUCUCUCUUCAGUCGUGUCGGUGAUGAUUAGCUUCAGUGUUCAGGGGCCUGAAAUAACCCCCCUCCCUGUCUGACUGAACCAAGCUGAUUCUGCUCCUUACAGCGUGACCCAGAAUGUUAUUAUGGGAUGUGUUGUUACCCAAACAUUGACUUUGUCGUGUUCGUUGUCCCAAACCAGACACUGAGCAGAGAGCGACUCCGUGUGUUUGACCUGACCUGAUGCAUGUUCACCUGUCUGUCUGUCUGUCUGUCUGUCUGUCUGUCUGUCUGUCUGUCUGUCUGUCUGUCUGUCUGUCUGUCUGUCUGUCUGUCUGUCUGUCUGUCUGUCUGCCUGCCUGCCUGCCUGUCUGACCGGGAGACGUCAGCUGACCACUUCAUCUUCCCGCUCGUCAUCACCGAGCAGCGGCUCCACUAACCAUCCCGUUCCAGGGCGUCUCGGCUGCAGCGGGUGUCAGCAGGAAUUUGAAUCUGCGACCUUGUGUCGUUUUUCUAAAUUAAAACUUUAUUUAUAUUUUCCAACAUUUUCAGAACUCUCAUUGUCCAUCUCAGCCAGACUCUGCGAUAUUGAUCAGUUAGGUCGGGUUUGAUCGGGGAAACUGAUGGUUGUUUUUAAAAGACUUCAUCUCAUCAGUGAGCUGAAUGAAAACAGGAGGCGUUGGUUGUGUUCUCAGUGGUUCUCAGUGGUUCUCAGUGGUCGUAUCUCAUCCGGAACAGUGAUUGAAGCAAAAGAUACUCAGAGAUCAGUCCCUCGUCUGCUGCAGCCAGCUGCCCUGGAGCAAACAAAACAACACUUAAUCUGUACCUGCAAACAUUCUGCCUGAAAAUAUCGACUCAAACUGGAGGUUUACUGUUGAAAACGAGCUUUUUUAAUGUGACAGUUUAGGUUUUGUCUGCUGGGGAGUGACGCUUGUGUGAGUGAAGGAUGUUUCGCCGCAGAGGAAACACCACACUGUAUAUUUUAAUGCACCGGGCUGCGCUUCAUUCAAAGGUCAGUUUAGGGGAAUUUGACUUGACUUUGUGUUGCAGGUUGUUGAAUUGGUUGAUUACAGUCGGAGCAGAGGAGUGUAUUUAAAAUAGAAACUUGUGUUUGCUGUUGUAAGUUAUAUAUGGCUGUGACUUCAGUUGUAAAUGUGUGGGUUUUUUUAAGAAAACACAAAAAUAAAAGACAGGGAUGAGCCCGA